AGAUGCCGUUGGCGCAGCUGGCCGACCCCUGGCAGAAGAUGGCUGUGGGGAGCGCGGCGGAGAGCAGCGCCAACAGCGCCGAGAAUGGCCAGCAAAUUGUAGAUGAACCCAUGGGAGAAGAGGAGAUAAAUCAAACAGAAGAAGGCAACAUUAAAGAGAUUGCAAUAACAUAUCAUGUCAAAGAAGGGCAUGAAAAAGCAGAUCCUUCACAAUUUGAGCUCCUUAAAGUACUGGGACAGGGGUCUUUUGGAAAGGUAUUCCUUGUAAAAAAAAUCUCAGGCUCUGAUGCCAGACAGCUGUAUGCGAUGAAGGUAUUAAGAAAGGCAACAUUGAAAGUUCGAGAUCGUGUUCGGACAAAAAUGGAGCGUGACAUCUUAGUAGAAGUUAAUCAUCCCUUCAUUGUCAAAUUACAUUAUGCUUUUCAAACAGAAGGGAAGCUCUACCUUAUUUUAGAUUUUCUCAGGGGAGGAGACUUGUUUACACGCUUAUCCAAAGAGGUGAUGUUCACAGAAGAGGAUGUCAAAUUCUACUUGGCUGAAUUAGCACUUGCAUUAGAUCAUCUGCAUAGUUUGGGAAUAAUAUACAGGGACCUAAAGCCGGAAAACAUACUACUUGAUGAAGAAGGGCAUAUUAAACUAACAGAUUUUGGCUUAAGUAAGGAGUCUAUUGAUCAUGAGAAAAAAGCAUACUCCUUCUGUGGAACAGUGGAAUAUAUGGCACCAGAGGUAGUUAAUCGGCGAGGUCAUACACAGAGUGCAGACUGGUGGUCGUUUGGUGUGUUAAUGUUUGAAAUGCUCACUGGUACUCUACCUUUCCAAGGGAAAGACAGAAAAGAAACCAUGACAAUGAUUCUCAAAGCCAAACUUGGAAUGCCCCAGUUUUUAAGUCAAGAAGCUCAAAGUCUUCUGCGAAUGCUUUUCAAAAGAAACCCUGCAAACAGAUUAGGCGCAGGUCCAGAUGGAGUUGAAGAAAUUAAGAGGCAUCAUUUUUUCUCUACAAUAGAUUGGAAUAAAUUGUACAGAAGAGAAAUUAAUCCACCAUUUAAACCUGCAACUGGUAGACCUGAAGAUACAUUUUAUUUUGAUCCUGAAUUUACAGCAAAAACUCCAAAAGAUUCACCUGGUAUUCCUCCCAGUGCUAAUGCUCACCAACUCUUUCGAGGCUUCAGUUUUGUAGCAAUUGCGUCAGAUGAUGACAGUCAAGCAAUGCAGACGUCUGGUGUGCACGCCAUUGUUCAGCAGUUGCACAGGAACAGUAUUCAGUUUACUGAUGGAUAUGAAGUCAAGCAAGACAUAGGAGUUGGCUCUUAUUCCGUAUGCAAAAGAUGUAUACAUAAAGCAACAAAUAUGGAAUAUGCAGUAAAGAUUAUAGACAAAAGUAAAAGGGACCCCACAGAGGAAAUAGAAAUCCUGUUGCGAUAUGGACAGCAUCCAAAUAUUAUUACUCUCAAAGAUGUGUAUGAUGAUGGGAAAUGCGUAUACCUAGUAACAGAACUAAUGAAAGGAGGAGAGCUGUUGGACAAAAUCCUUAGGCAAAAAUUUUUUUCUGAAAGAGAAGCCAGCGCUGUCCUGUUGACAAUAACAAAAACUGUUGAAUACCUCCAUGCACAAGGAGUGGUACACAGAGAUUUGAAACCUAGCAAUAUCCUGUAUGUUGAUGAAUCGGGCAAUCCAGAAUCAAUACGGAUUUGUGAUUUUGGAUUUGCAAAGCAACUGAGAGCAGAAAAUGGCCUUCUAAUGACUCCUUGUUAUACAGCAAACUUUGUUGCCCCUGAGGUUUUAAAAAGGCAAGGCUAUGAUGCAGCAUGUGACAUAUGGAGCCUUGGUGUUCUGCUUUAUACAAUGCUGACGGGCUACACUCCCUUUGCAAAUGGUCCUGAUGAUACCCCAGAGGAAAUUUUGGCACGAAUAGGUAGUGGGAAGUUCUCUCUCAGUGGUGGAUACUGGAAUUCUGUUUCAGAUACAGCAAAGGAUUUGGUUUCAAAAAUGCUUCAUGUUGAUCCUCAUCAGAGAUUGACAGCUGCCCAAGUUCUAAAACAUCCAUGGAUUGUUCACUGUGACCAGUUGCCUCAGUUCCAGCUAAACCGGCAGGAUGCUCCACAUCUUGUGAAGGGUGCCAUGGCGGCUACAUACUCUGCAUUGAACCGGAAUCAGUCACCUGUUUUAGAGCCAGUGGGUCGCUCUACGCUUGCUCAGCGAAGAGGUGUCAAAAAAAUUACCUCAACUGCCCUGUGAAGUUACCUCAAUUGAAAAUGUUGGUACCAUAGUUAAAGAUGAUAGCACAAAUCUUGGCAACAGGUAGCACAUAUCCAAGAUACCUGCAAGCACACUGUUCCAGUUGGUACCUGUUAUGCUGCUGUUUCCUGCUUUCAUCUACUCUUGCUUUAAACUAUUGAUGGUAAAAAAAAACAUUGCCCUUCAGAUGGAAUGUAAAGUGGAAUCAAUGGAAAAUGAACAUGCUUGUGAGAGAAUUAUGAAAACUUCUCACAUAAAUACACUGAAUAAAGCACUCUGCACCAUAUAGCAUUAUUUUUAUAGAGAAUGUUUCUGGUCCCUUUAAAAUAUUGUUUGUUACAUGUAUGGAUGGACCGUUUAUGUUAAGCACUUAGCUUAAACAAUCUGUUGAUAUUAGCACUGUAUUAUUUGUGCCAUCCAGCAUUUUAUAUGUUUUUGUAAACUUACCAUAAACAGUACACUUCUAUACUGUUUCUUUUACAUGCCUUCUACUUAGACUUAUUAAAGGACAAUUAAAUCUGGUUAGUUAAUCAGUAUGGUUGGACAUCUCUAAAGCAGCUAGACUGUUAAACAGCUAUUGAAUGUAAUUUUGUGAAUAGUAAUUUCCCUUGCCUAUGUCUCACCCCACAGAUGCAUUGUUUAGGAG